AUGAUAUUGGCCGGAUUAUCCAGUGCAGUGUUCUUCAGCAUCUGCACCACCUGGGUCACCAACCUCUAUCUUCUCCUUGCAUGUGUGUUCCUUAUAAGAGGUUCAUUCAACAUGCAGUUUGUGGCAAGUUUCGUCCACAUGUCAUCCGAAGUCUUUGUCGCCACAGGCAUGGAGAUAGUCGGCCCGUCUAAGAGAAUGAUGACGGGAGUUGCAGUCAAUCUCUUCUGGAGUGUUGGGAACAUGAUUCUGGCUCUUGUAGCCUACCUGGUGAGAGACUGGAAAACUAGGCAGCUUGUCGUCAGUAUCCCUGGUAUCAUCUUUGCCUAUAUGUUCUUUCUCCCCGAGUCCCCAAGAUGGCAAAUAACCAAAGGCAAGAACAAAUUAGCAAAGACAACAAUACUGAAACUUGCCAAAUGCAACAAAGUUGAAAUGUCUGAAGAAACAUUAGAGACGGUAACGUGCGUCGACGAACCAACAGAGCGCUUCUGGGAGCUGCUGAAGUCCCCCAUCAUGAGGAGGAGGAUGGCAGUGAUUUGUUUUAACUGGUUUGCAACAGGAAUGGGUUUCUAUGGCCUCAGCAUGAACGUCACCAACCUCUCUGGCAACGUCUACCUCAACUUCUUCCUGUUUGUUGUGGUAGAAGCGUGUUCCUAUGCUCUCUGUGCGCUCUUUAUCAGCCGAAUUGGUCGAAGGAAGAUGUUGUGUGGAACCAUGCUGAUGGCAGGAACUGCAUGCAUUGCUGCUUUCAUUCCCUUCUUUGUCGAGAAAACAUCUAACAAGUGGAUCAUCACAGCCCUGGCCUGUUUUGGAAACAGUUGCGUGUCAGCUGGCUUCGCCACCGUUUACGUCUUCACAGCGGAAGUGGUACCGACGACGACGAGGAAUUUCGGCAUGGGGCUAGGCUCGGUUUUCGCCAGAUGCGGUAGUAUGUUGUCACCAUACAUCAAUGAUCUGACAAUGCACAUCAGUGGCAAGUACAGUCAGAUCCUGCCCAUGUUGAUAUUCGGGGGCAUAAUCAUGCUUGCUGGACUCCUGGCGUUACUUCUCCCAGAAACAUUCAACAACAGACUGCCAGAAACAGUCAAGGACGCCGAGCAACUUGGAACAAAAGCUUUCGAGGAAAGGAACGCCGAUACACAACUCCUUGCUGAAACACAUUAUCAGCACACUAAACUCUAG